CGUGAGAAUUACACUUCAGAAAUGUUUCAUCUGAAAGCAUGAAAAUGAAAAAUUCUGAAAAGAAACAAAUUUUAUUGGAAAUAAAGGAGAAAACAAGCAAUUGCCUUAACAGUAGAAAGCACGCAAAUGAUUUGAUUGAAGUUAUUUCUAAAUUACAGGAUGACGAGGAAUCUGUCGUGCUUGCUAGUAUACGUAGUGUACACAAAUUAUUUUCACAUUACCUUGAGGUUGGUGAGAUGUUGAUGGAGCAGGACUCCUCGGAAGAUUUAUCAAACGAAGACAAAUAUAAACAAUGGUUGAGAGAUAGAUAUAAAGAUGCAGCACAGAGUUUGGUAGAAAUGUUAUUACAUAGUAACACAAGUGUACAGGAGCUAGCAUUGUCUGUACUCAUGAAAUUGAUUGUAAAGGAAUCAAACUUUCCAGUGUCAUCAAAAGAUUGUACAGAUCCUUUCCCCCACAAUCUUUUUAAGAAUAUGUGGGCAUUGUUGUUGUCAGACGAAGUAAACAACACUGGGUUAUUACAGAGAUUUGAGGAGUAUUAUGUAUAUGAUGACAUUAGAUACCAUACAAUGAAACUCAUACUGUCACUGUGCGACCACAAAUCUAAACAGAAAAUCACAGAGACGUGGUUAGGAAAUGUAUUUGCAGUGUUAGAAAAAUUGACAAUACCAUCUGUGCAAAAAGAUGAACCUCUUAAAAAAUACUUGUGUGCAAAAUCAGGUCAAAGUCAGAAAAUAGCAUCUGUGGUAGAACAGAGACGUUUGUAUUCAUGUUCCUGGGUGGAAUUUCUGAAGUUUAAGUUGACACCAACAUUAUACAGGAAGGUAUUAGUGAUUAUACAUGAGAAAGUCAUGCCAAAUAUAGCCUCACCACUUGUCCUUAGUGACUUCCUUAUUGAGUCUUAUAAUAUAGGAGGGGCCAUCAGUCUACUGGCACUCAGUGGUUUGUUUGAAUUGAUACAGAAACACAAUUUGCAUUACCCGGACUUCUACGAGAAGCUGUAUGCAAUGUUUGAACCAAAUAUAUUCCAUGUGAAGUACAAGGCCAGGUUUUUCUAUUUAGCCGAUCUUUUCCUGUCAUCUACACAUUUACCAUCAUAUCUUGUAGCUGCCUUUGCUAAACGUCUUGCUAGAAUCUCUCUGGUGGCGCCACCUGCAGGACUGUUGGUGUCAGUACCGUUUAUUUUCAACCUGAUUAUUCGGCAUCCAAACUGCAAGUCACUCAUUCACAAACCUGAUAUGGAAAUGGAUUUUGAUGAUGACCCGUAUGACCAUUCAGAGCAAGAUCCUGCCAAAUGUAAAGCCAUGGAGUCUUGCCUCUGGGAACUUCAGACAUUACAACAUCACUAUCAUCCGGAUGUAAUCAAGCUUGCAAAGAAGAUUUAUGAAGGGGAUAUACCAGAUAGUGUGCUGGACUUGUCAGACAAAUUUGAACUCUCUGCAAAUGAUGUGUUUGAAAAAGAAUGUACAAAGAAACUGAAAACAACUGCAACUACGUUUGAAGCUCCUAAAGGACUGCUCGGGUGUAAAGAUGAUAAAUUGAGUUUAUGUUGGACUUUAUAACACUUUAUUGAGCAAUAAAUUCAUAUUUUAAUGUCA